UUUAAUUUGAUCUACCAGCAUUUAAAUGUCAAAAUAAUGCUUUACUUUUUACUUGUUAGUAAAAACAGUUAAAAAACUGCAAGUGUUUUAUAGUUUUUUAGUUUAUUCCGUUGUUUAAGAUUAUCUUAAUAGUAAAUAAUUAGGAGCCUAUAAUGCUGGAGAUAACAGUGCGAUUAAUACAUGGUCCAGUUUAUCUUUCUGGAGAGACGGUUGAGUGCACAAUUUCUGUUACGCAUCCUCUAUCACCAUCACAUAAAGUUUCUCAAAGUCAUAACGAUAUUUUUGAAAGUUUGGCAUGGGCUUCAGCUCAAAUACAGUGUAUUUGUACUACAGACGCUCGGGUCAAUAAAAAAGAGGACAAUUUAAAUUAUGAAUUUGCCCUGAACAGCACAGCUCUAUCAACCUCAUCAGAAGGUGGGCAAAUCGUUGUUUCAACAAAACCGAGAAUACUUUUCUGUGAUCUCCAACUAUCACCAGGGCAGGCAAAGACAUAUGUGUUUAGAGAAAAGAUUCCUAGUGAUUCACCACCCUCCUAUAGAGGUCAGUUGGUGAAGUAUUCUUAUAAAAUUUUGAUUGGUACUCAAAGGGUUAACUGCCCUGUUAAAUUAUUAAAAGUACCCAUUAGGGUUCUCCCUGUAAGUACAAGUGCCCUGAAUGAAUUAGGAGGGUUUUGCAAUGAUACAACUGAAGAUUUAGCUCCAGCAAAUCCUUUUUUAGAAGUUAGACAAAAAGAAACUCCAUUUGAUAUUACACUCCAAACAUUACAGAAUAUAACAGCUAGAAGGAAUCCUAAUUUUUACAUGAUAUCAAAUACUAGAGGCAAGGUAACACGUUUUUGUUUAUUUAAACCUACAUACAAAUUAGGGGAGGACAUAAUUGGUGCUUUUGACUUCACUGUGGCAACUGUACCUUGUGUGCAAGUAUCAGUAUCUUUGCAAUGUGAAGAGGAAACUAAUGUAGAACAACGAAACAUAGGAAAAUUGAAAAGAUCUCGAAUUAUUACAUUUAGCAAACAUCAUGAAGUAUGUCUGGGUUUCAAAUAUACACAACUCAUACUUCCAAUUCCAUUACAUGUCACACCUGCAUUUGCUACUCCAUUAGUUAGUUUAAAAUGGAGGUUGCACUUUGAAUUUGUUACUACAAUGAGCAAGACCCUAGAAGGUCCUGAUUUAAAUCAGGCUGGUUGGCAAGCCCCCACAGAACUACCAAUUGAAACUAUGGUGUGGAGUUUACCAAUUAAUCUUUUUUCUACUACCCCCGCCCAAGUAGCUCAAGGACUUCAAACUAAUAAUAUACAACGACUGAUAAUUAGAUAAGUUCUUGGUUGUAUAAAUUACUAUAAUUGUUAGGUGUUUCUCCUCAAUUAAGAAUUUGUACGCUCUUUAUUUCAAUCGCUACUCAGAAACUGUUACUAAAGGACCUCAGUGUAUUAAAGUAGCUGUGAGUCGUCA